AUGGCCUGGUCUGAGGCCAGACGGAAGCUUUGGCAGUGGAGUCAUGACCACAAUGCCACGGAGAUCAACGACAAGAUGGCCAUGAUUGGGGAUUGGCGCCCUGAUGGAGGUGAAGUUUUGCAGACCAGUUGGGAUUGGAACCCGACAAGUCUGGAAGUCGAGGAUUGGCACCUUGGCUGGAAUGAACCCUUUGGCCAUGGGUUGAACUUCAUGAAGAAGUUUGUGAAUGGAACCAACUAUGAGCUGAUCUUUGACAUCGCUGCAACGUAUGUCCUAGUGACUAUGGAAUGGAUUGCAAGCCUCUUCCUCUUUGAGUUCAUCGAUUACACGAUCAUGAAGAUGGUCUUUGUGCUUCUGGCUGCAAUGGCCGGCGCUUUGGUGAUCCAGAGCAAGAUGAGGAAAGAGCCCAAGAAUAUGAAGGGCCACUUGGGAUCAUGGGCCUACCAA